AUGAACGACAAUGUUAUCAUGAAGUUACAAGGAACGAUCGUGAAAGGGUUUCAACGGGGGCGUCUUCUUGGGUAUCCCACUGCAAAUAUAUUUCCUACUUCCGUACCAGAUGUCGGUGUUUAUUAUGGACAAAUCUUUUUGUUAGACAACGUCUAUCACUGUGCCAUUUCCGUUGGAAAAAACCCGACUUUUGCAUUAAAAAAGACGGUAGUCGAGAUCCAUGUUUUCAAGGACUUCAAAGGCGAAGAAUUCUAUGGCGAAUAUGUGAAAGUAUUUAUAUUACAAUAUCUCAGGCCCAUGAAAAAAGUCGACUCCAUUGAAGGUCUCAAGAAGAUGAUAUCCAACGACUGUGAGUUAAUUAUGUCCAGAAUUAUUCCCGACACCCCCCUUUUCAAGAAGACUGAUUUUGAUUGGAAUGUUAAUUAA